AAAAAAAAAAGUCACCACGGAGCUGGGGGUUAGCGGGCCGAGGAAUAAAUAGAGGACCGGGCAUCCCGGCCGGCGGCGACAACCGCACCGCACCGCGCCCACAGACGCACGCCACGCCACUCAGCGCCUCGGCAACACCGCGUCCCUGCUCGCGCCUCGGCCGCCCGGCUGGUGGGGAUCGACCCGUCCGCCGCCGCCGGAGAUCGCUGCUGGCGAGGGCCUGAAGAGGGGGCGGGGAUUUGAUUUGCGAUUUCGGUUCGUGCGGCUGCGGCGAUGGGGGUGCUGUCGCGGCCGGAGGAGGUGCCGGCGCUGCUCAGGCUCAAGCUGGCGGCGGGGCGGAUCAGGCGCCAGAUCCCGCCCCAGGAGCACUGGGCCUUCGCCUACGACAUGCUCCAGCGGGUCUCCCGCAGCUUCGCGCUCGUCAUCCAGCAGCUCGGCCCAGAGCUCCGCAAUGCCGUGUGCGUCUUCUACCUCGUGCUCCGGGCCCUGGACACCGUCGAGGACGACACCGCCAUCCCUAACGAGGUCAAGCUGCCCAUCCUUCGGGACUUCUACCGCCACAUCUACAACCCGGACUGGCUUUUUUCAUGUGGAGCAAACGACUACAGAGUGCUCAUGGAUAAUUUUAGACAAGUCUCCACCGCUUUCCUGGAGCUAGGCGAAGGAUACCAAAAGGCUAUUGAAGAAAUCACUAGGCGAAUGGGAGCAGGAAUGGCUAAAUUUAUAUGCACGGAGGUUGAAACCAUUGAUGACUAUGAUGAGUACUGCCACUAUGUAGCAGGGCUAGUAGGCUAUGGACUUUCUAGGCUCUUUCAUGCUACUGGCACAGAAGAUUUGGCUCCGGAUCAUCUUUCAAAUUCAAUGGGUUUAUUUCUACAGAAAACCAAUAUAAUAAGGGAUUAUUUGGAGGACAUAAAUGAGAUACCAAGGUGCCGUAUGUUCUGGCCUCGGGAAAUAUGGAGUAAAUAUGUUGAUAAACUUGAGGAUUUAAAAUAUGAGGAAAAUUCAGAAAAGGCCGUGCAGUGCUUGAAUGAUAUGGUGACCAAUGCUUUGAUCCAUGCCCAAGAUUGCCUUCAAUACAUGUCAGCAUUGAAGGACAAUUCCAAUUUUCGAUUUUGUGCAAUACCUCAGAUAAUGGCAAUUGGGACCUGUGCUAUUUGCUACAAUAAUGUGAAAGUCUUUAGAGGAGUUGUUAAGAUGAGGCGUGGGCUCACUGCACGGGUAAUUGAUGAGACCAAAUCGAUAUCAGAUGUCUAUUCUGCUUUCUAUGAAUUCUCUUCAUUGCUAGAGUCGAAGAUUGAUGAUAACGACCCAAAUGCUGCGCUGACACGGAGGCGUGUGGAUGCAAUAAAGAAAACUUGCAAGUCAUCCGGCCUGCUGAAGAGAAGGGGUUAUGAUCUGGAGAAAUCAAUGUACAGAAUGCCUAUGCUGGUCAUGAUUGUGCUUCUCUUGGUGGCUAUUAUCUUGGGUGUACUGUAUGGCAAGUGAUCCGGUCAAGAUCUCCCUCUUAUGUUCUUAGUGGCACCGCCUUCCCUGUAUGGUUUUGCACGUGUACCUCCUGACUGCAGAUGGAUAUGUUUGGUUUGCAUGUAGUAUUGUGCUAUGUACCCUGCUGGUGCCAUGCAUGCUAAUUAUUUUGUUCCUUAUUUGUGUCGUCUCAUAUGUUGUUCCAGCUUGUAAUUUGUUUGAAUCUAGGAGAGACUUACUUAGUGACAUGUAUCCUAUGAAUUUGGCGUGGCGCCUUGGUUGACAGUGAUGCUGCAUUUUGUUGAUUUGUGACUGAUGUAUGUGAUGCAUAUCAUUUUGC